AUGUAUAUGCUGCCAAGUAUGAUUGAGUGCUUGAAAUUUAAUGGUACCAAAUUAUACCAAUGGGAGAAAUUUGUGAAGUUAACCCUCCUUGGGAGAGGUUUGUUGGAGCAUCUAAUUGAUGAUUCUAUUGGUAUGAAUGAUCCAAAUUAUAGAAUUUGGAAAUCUGAGGAAGUCUUUAUUCAUUUAUGGCUCCUUGAAACCAUGACAGUGGAAAUGUGUGAUAACUUUCUUUAUAUGGCUACUGUGAAAGAAUUGUGGAGUGAAGUCCACAAGAAUUGCCCUAAGCAACAAAAUGAUUGGAAGAUCUAUGGGCUGAAUGCUAAAACAAUGAGGGCAAUACAAGGAGAGAAGACAAUCAUGGAGUCAUCAUGUGAACUGAAGGCUAUAUGGUGCAAGAUUGAUCAUUAUUGCCCUGUGAAAAAUCUUCACUCCGAAGAAAGAAAUUACAUAUUAAAGUAG